AUGUCCAAAAUAAAACGAUCAAAGAAACCUCGCUCGGCAAUUACUGAACGUAGUCAGAAGUCGACUGUACUCGAUGAGCCAACAACUAUUGAGAGGAAACAACAGAAGAAACAGAUACUGAAAUUCGUGGCUAGAACUCUUGAGAAAAUGCCGCAAGGUCUUCGUGCUGAGUUUUCAACCAUGAAGCGUUAUAACGAUUUCGAAAAAAUGAAAGCAUUUAAAAACGCUCAAGAGAAUGGGAAAAAUCGAUACAAAGACGUCGGAUGCCUUGACAAUAAUCGUGUAAAACUGAAUUCUCCAUGGCCACAUGAAUACAUUCAUGCGAAUUAUGUGGCCGUUCCAACCAAUCCCCAACGUUUCAUUUGUACUCAAGCACCACUGGAAAAGACUUGUGCCGAUUUCUGGUAUAUGUGUCUUCAGGAGAGGGUUGAAUUCAUUUUUAUGUUGUGCAAUCUGACUGAAAAAGGAUCAAAAAAGUGUUAUGAGUACUAUCCGAACAAGAAAAAAGAUGUGCUGGAGUUUGAAGAAGGAGGGCAGAAGAUAACGGUCAAGUUGGAAUCCUCCAGUCAAUUCCAGUUCAGAGCACCCGAUGCGAAAGCCAAAGUUAUAGCAUCAGAGGUUUUGAUUGAAGGACCUGGUGGGAAUUCAUUGAAAACUAUUCACUAUCACUGGAAUGAUUGGCCGGAUCGUGGAGUUCCAGCUGCUGAUAUGGCUAUUCUCGAGUUACUUGAUCAAGCUAGACCUUCAAAAGGACCAAUCGUAGUUCAUUGUUCUGCUGGAAUCGGUCGAACUGGAUCAGUUGUGAUGUUGGAAUACGUGAUGGAUCAGCUAAUUUCAGGGCAGUCAAUUGAAGAUGGAGACAAGAUUUUGGUCAAGAUUCGUGAGCAGAGAAACAACUCAAUUCAGACUGACGCUCAAUAUCUUUUCGUUCAUCAAGUGAUUCUCAACUAUUUUCGAAAAAAGAAAUUAAUGGAGGAAGCUGGAGUUCAAGAAGCUCAUGACGCCUUCAUUGAACAGUAUAAGAAAUCAGUUGUCUAG